UGUGUUGUUGUUUACAGUCACGAUGAAUUCGCAACCGGAGGAAGGACCAAUCUCCGGAGAGGCCUCGACAUCAAAGGCCCUUCCUACGCCGUUAGAGAGGGCUUUGCUCCAGCGCUUCUGCCGACUGUGUAUGCGAGAGUUUCCGUUUCUACUGCCGUUCAACUCAUCCUUGAACAGUGUAACCAUAGGCAACAUGCUGGAGCGACUGCUCGGCGGAUUCAAUAUUCAGCAAACGCUCUACCUCCCCAACGCCAUCUGUUCCCGUUGCUUGACGAAGCUGGAUUUUGCUUACCACGCGCAGCGGGACUUUGUACGGAAUGAGCAUCGCUUGCGACACUAUUUGCAGCAGGGCGAGGUAGUGCAAAAAUUGUUUGAAUUUCAGAACCACUGCACGGCCGAGCAAGAAAGUUACGCGGAGGUGCUUCUGAAAGCGCAUGGCGCCGGAUUGUUGAGCGAGCGGGUUAGAGUCACAGCCGAGCAUGAAGUACCGGGACUGGAGGACGCAGAAUUGAAGGCGGAAGAACUUUCCAAAGCUGUGCUACCACCGAGUGAAUGGGCUGUGGUGGCGUGCGACUGCAGUGCCAAGCCGAAAGCGGCCAGUCAUGGCUUUCCUCGGUCGACGGAUUUGCGUCCACCGAAGCGUACACUGCGCAACAGGCAGCUUUUGCGCCAAGCAAUCACAGCCAGUAGCUCUCCAUCUGGUGCCAACGGUUUGCCAGUUGAUAUGACUCGAUGCUACAUUUGCAACACGCCAACGGAAAGUGAGACCGCGCUCCGGGACCACAUUGCACUGCACGUGGAAAUGUUGCCCCAUAGCUGCCCCGAGUGUAGCCUCGAGUCGCCAGUUAAACCCAUCACUUCGGUGGUAAUGCUGCUCCGUCACUACCGGAUGCACUCGUAUCCCCUCAAGUGUCCGCAGUGUCCUCAGCGCUUCACACGGUACGCCAACGUUUACGCGCACGUUCGGUACCGCCACGAAAUGUUCGACAAUCCCGAGGGCUACACGUGCGAAAUAUGUGGACUAACGAUUAAGUACCGGCCCACAUUUACUUUCCACAUGCGCAACCAUCACCACGAGUCGGCCGGCACUUUUCGUUGUACCUUUUGCGAACGCACUUUCGGCACUCGCGCACGUCUCGAACGCCACGAGCGCUCCCACACGGGAGAACGUCCAUUUGCGUGUCGCUCGUGUCCAAAAACGUUCGCCCACGCAAGCCAACUAGCGGCACACAGAUCGAGGCAUAUCAACGAACGUGGCCACCAGUGCGGAGUGUGCGGAAAGGCAUUCUUCAGCAAAGCAAUACUGCGCCAACAUCAGCUAACUCAUGAGCGGACGGCGGGAAUCGUACAGCAGCCAGCAGCGGAGGACCACACUGCGGCUGCUGGUAAAACGAAAAUCCGGCCUUGUACCUUUCCCGGUUGUCAGCAUGUGGCGGCCACUUACCAGACGUAUUAUACGCACCGCUUAAGGCACGAAAUGGCUCACUGGUGCGACGAGUGCGGGCGGCGAUUCGCACGUCAAACGGAAUUGCAGCGCCAUCGAAGGAUCUACCACACGACGGACCAUCCUUAUCGGUGCGAGCCAUGCAAUAAGAUAUUCCUGAGUCGCCAAAGCUACCGGGAACACAUGGAUUCGCACGCCAACGUACGACGGUUCGAGUGUGAAAUUUGUGAUAAGAAGUUCGUGCGACGGCGAAACCUGAUCAACCAUCGGAUGUCCCACACAAACCUACGCCCCUUCAAGUGUGCGCUUUGUGAAAAUACGUUCAAGUACAAAAGUGACUAUAAUCGGCACCGGAAGGAGAAACAUAGCCUGCCCGAACGACCGGGUGCCAAAGGAGAGCCAGCGAUUGAUGCGGGAGGCGUGGACGGGAUUGUACUGAUGAUGAACAACUCGAUGGUUGAGGAAGCGUCGUUGGAAGAGGAGGUUGAAGAGCGAGUACUAGUGGAAGAAGAUAUCGUACUGGACACAACGUACGGGGAAGAGAUUGUUACGAAAUAUGAAACAAUCGAAACGGUAGAGGAAUCGGUUGUAAUUGGUCGGUCUCUAGUAGGCGAAGUCAUCAAGCAUAAUCAGGACGAGUAUGUUGUUGAAUAUUUAGACUAG